CGAAUGCAGGCGCCGUGCGAGCUGGGAGCGAUUUAAAACGCUUUGGAUUGCCCGGGCCUGGGUGGGGAGAGUGAGCUGGGUGCCCCCGAUUUUCCCCACCCCCAGCACCCGAUGAGCCGAUCUUCAGCCCCAUGGAGCCUGGCAAUUAUGCCACCUUGGACGGGGCCAAGGAUAUCGAAGGCUUGCUGGGAGCAGGAGGGGGUCGGAAUCUAGCCGCCCACUCCCCAUUGACCAGCCACCCAGCGGCACCUACGCUGAUGCCCGCUGUCAACUAUGCCCCCCUGGAUCUGCCAGGCUCUGUGGAACCGCCAAAGCAGUGCCACCCGUGCCCCGGGGUGCCCCAGGGGGCGUCCCCCGCUCCCGUGCCUUAUGGCUACUUUGGAGGCGGGUACUACUCCUGCCGAGUGUCCCGGAGCUCGCUGAAACCCUGUGCCCAGGCGGCCACCCUGACCGCCUACCCUGCGGAGACUCCUGCGGCCGGGGAGGAGUACCCCAGCCGCCCCACCGAGUUUGCCUUCUAUCCGGGGUACCCGGGACCCUACCAGCCUAUGGCCAGUUACCUGGAUGUGUCGGUGGUGCAGACCCUGGGCGCCCCCGGGGAGCCUCGCCAUGACUCCCUGCUGCCCAUGGACAGUUACCAGCCCUGGGCCCUCGCCGGCGGCUGGAACAGCCAGAUGUGUUGCCAGGGAGAACAGAACCCACCGGGUCCCUUCUGGAAGGCAGCAUUCGCAGACGCGAGCGCGCAGCACCCUCCUGAUGGCUGCGCCUUCCGCCGCGGCCGUAAGAAGCGAAUUCCCUACAGCAAGGGGCAGUUGCGCGAGCUGGAGCGAGAGUACGCGGCUAACAAGUUCAUCACCAAGGACAAGAGGCGCAAGAUUUCGGCGGCCACUAGCCUUUCGGAGCGCCAGAUUACUAUCUGGUUUCAGAACCGCCGGGUCAAGGAGAAGAAGGUUCUCGCCAAGGUCAAGACCAGCUCUACACCGUGAGGGAUCUUCCUGGCUGGGUGGUGGGCAGGGGAGACCAGGAGCCUGCCAGGGCCCGGAUGGGGCCGAGGACUCUGCUGAGGGGCCCCCAAAGACGACACCCUUCCCAGGCCACUGGCUCCUGGACCCUUCCUCAGGGGUGGCUUGGGUGCCCCCUUUGUGUCCGGAGAGCAGUGAAGCCCGGAGUUACAGCCCACUCCGCCAGGGUUCCCAAAGAACCUGUUCUAGUCAUAAUCAUUCAUCCGGACAGUGGUGUUAAUCACGAUAACCAGUCCUAGUAGCCAUGAUAAUUAGUCUCAUGUUUUCUAUCUAGAGCUCUUAGAGCACUUUAGAAACCGCUUUCAUAAAUUGAGCUGAUUACGAAUAAACUUGGAAGGAGAUCCCUUUGCAGGG